ACCGUAUUUGUGGAAGUAACGGAAGUCGAUCUUCUCCUUGUUCCGCCUUCCUGAUCGACAUCCGGCUCAUGAUGCUCUGUUUCACUGAAGGAAGGGUGUGACCGUAUUUGCCUGAUGAUAGCUUCUGCCGCGCUUAAUUCCCCUUCUCUUCGCAAAAAUGCAAGGUUUGGAAGUCGAGACAAAAGGCAAGGGGUGCUAUUGACCCGACUUCGAUGGUAUGAGGAAACGACAGGAGGGUCACCGGCCGCUAUUAGAGCAGCGAGAAAGGGAUAAUUAGAGGCAAGGGGUCAAUCUAAUGCUCACGUAAUGAAUCAAUUCAAUCAGAACCACCACAAAAUUGUCAUGCACACAUGGCCGAAGACGAGGAGGCAAUACUUCAGGCUUUAGAGGCUCAUGGAAAGGAUUUCAUGAGCCAAUUCGGCAUGCCGGAGCUCAUGGUCAAUAGAAAACGCAAGUCUGAGGUUGCGCAUGAUCAACCAAAAUCAAAACAGGAUGAUGUUACCGCGCAUAUUCUUGAGAAGGCUUCCGCCUCAAUAAUCAAGGAUGAACACGGAGUUGAAGUUGUUUUCUUUGCCAACUCCACACCCAAGGCGCCUGAGCGAGUGAAUGACAAGUCUUUCAUGUCAUCCAAAGUGUCCCAUAUCACUGCCGAAUCUGUGGCCCAAAACUCUGGUGCGAUGGCAGCUGAGGCUGAGGGCCUUCUUCUGAACAAUGACAAAGAAUUAUAUCGACUUGUCCACACGGAACUCCUUCCCAAGUCUAUUGAAAAUUCAUUGGACAUGACUCCGGGCAAACGAGGUAGAGCCCUCGAAGCUCGAGUGCUCGAAUUGGCUUCCAUAGCCAAGCUAGGGCAGGGGGCAAGGAAACUUAAAGAGCUUGACGCUUUGAAGCAACCAUUGCGUAUUCAAAAAAACAUCAAGAUAACCCAAAAAAAGCGGGAGGCAGAGGAAUUGGAAAGGGCCAAAGAAAGCGGAAAUUACCACCCUGUGUUAAAAAAAUUUUUCAAAUCUCAAGUCCAACCCAAAUCUGUGCGGAAGCGACCCCGUGGCCUGUCAAUGGGUAUCGGGAAGUAUACCAGCUCAGGGUUACAGUUAAGCAAAAGGGAUGUUGCUAGAAUAAACGGUGGAGAUUCGUCAGAGUCCCAUGGAAGCCGAGGGAAGCCGAGGGGGCCAAAAGGUCAAAGAUGAGCGUGUUG